UCGCUGGUGCGGCUGCAACUUGACUACUCAACCCCCAAAGGCUCUUUUAAGAGCCAACCACCUAGCUCAGCAAAAGCGCAAAGUGUCCUUUCUGUGCCUGGCCAACUAUUGGGCGUGUUUGUUAGAUACACACACAUAUACACGGCACCGUAUCAUGAGACCUAAAUGAAGAAUAACAACUACUAGGCUAGAAUGAGAGGGCAAAAUAUUGCGCGUAAAGUGUAACGUUGCUCGCUGCCCUAACAAAAGACCCAAGCGCGCCUCGGCGAGGGAGGGGGUUGCAUUUUGGGGCGGCACGGAGAGGCCGAGCCUCCCGUCCAAUGGGCGGCGGAGGAGGCCUCCGCAACGGGCCAAUCGGGACGGUGCGGAGAUGGUGACCAAUCAGCAGACGCCGCUGCCGGCUUUAUAAACUUCACAUAGGCAUUUGGAGGCUAUACUCCGACUGUGAAAGAAGGAAGCUAGCUAGCGCCAUGGCCAGAACCAAGCAAACCGCUCGCAAAUCCACCGGUGGCAAAGCACCCAGGAAGCAGCUCGCCACCAAGGCUGCGCGCAAGAGCGCCCGGCCUUACCAGAAGUCCACUGAGCUGCUGAUCCGCAAACUGCCUUUCCAGCGCCUGGUGCGAGAAAUUGCCCAGGACUUUAAGACCGACCUGCGCUUCCAGAGUUCCGCAGUGAUGGCCCUGCAGGAGGCAAGCGAGGCUUACCUGGUCGGCCUGUUCGAGGACACCAACCUGUGCGCCAUCCACGCCAAGAGGGUGACCAUCAUGCCCAAGGACAUCCAGCUGGCCCGUCGUAUUCGCGGAGAGCGCGCAUAAACGAUGACCUGAUCUCCAAAAUCCCCCAAAGGCUCUUUUAAGAGCCACCUCCAUAUUUCAGUCAAAAAGGCACAAUUGUUCCAUUAGUACACGCCCCUUUCCCACCGUGUAUGUUGUAGACGAACACGUCGCGUUCCCUGCUCUCGAGUCCCUACAGACCGUGGUUCGAUUCCAGGCUGUAUCACCACCGGCCGUGAUUGUAAAUCAGAGUUGAUUCGUUUCAAUAACGCUCUCUUUCUUAUAUGUAAUUAGAUGUAUGCCUAGAGUAGAAGAGGGGAAAAUAGAGUAGCAGUAAUGAGUGAUAGUAAUGAUAUAGGGCAAAAAGUGGGCAAAAUUGUCACUAUGUAGCUAAGAACAACUGACUUUGAAAGUCCCAUGUUGCAGUGCCGCUGCUGAGAGGGGAAAAUUUUCCCGUGGAGCACGGAGGCCAUCUAGUGGUUAAACGCGGGUACUGGCACGUCAUAGUGGCUCCCUAUUGGUAUUUGAUCUUGAGGCCAGCGUUUCCCAAACUCGGUCCUCGGGUCCCCAAGUGGGGCACGUUGUGUUUUUUCGAAUCCAAUUGCUCUUGGAAUGUAACAUGCUAGAGUAUGUCUUUUCCUUUGUGAAAAUGUCCAUUCAAUAAUUUCUGGGCCAUGUGACAUUCCUCGAUGUGCCAAAAAAUCCCUGUUUUGAUCCGAUCAUUACAACGUUAGCUGCGUGCACCCCAUAAUUCAUGCGACUGACUAAGCUAUUGAAAGUAAAUUGAUAUAUCUCUGUCCAGCGCAAGUGAAAGGUGGUCGAAAAAAGUGGUACCAAGGUUUUGGUUGAAGGGACAGGAAAUGUGGUAGGCCACCAAAUUAGUUUGUGUGAGUGCAUAGGUAAGUUGUUUCGAUAUGGUGGAAUAAAUGGAGAAAUGAAAGGAAUCAAUUUAGUGGGAUGAAUUCAGUGUGCGAUUGAAUAUUCCAAUGACAUACCCAUUGUUAGUCCUUUCGACUAGAUCCGAGAUCCCUUCAUAGAAAAGGUAUCAGGACAGCAGGAAUCAAUAGAUGUAAUCAUCAAGGGCUUGCAAAAGAGCUGUUACGAAACAGGACACGAGCAGCCGUGAUGAUAGCCCUAUUAGUAGUUGACCAAUUACAGAAUAGCAAUCACCAAUGCAGGCAGGUACGUGGUGAUUGCUGCAUUGGCUUCGUAAAUAGGCUUCAUAAGGAACUAAAUGGCUCAGCACAUGACAUCUUCACAGUGCAUAAUAUUUGAUAGUACUGACUCCCGUUGAGUAGAGUCGUGUGUCUUUGGCGUGAUUUGAAGUCGACUUCUGAUGUGGGAUUUAGUUGAUUUUUACCAGAAUAUUUGCUGAUGAAUCGAAACCCCUUGACCAAAUGAUAAGACAAAGUAAAGGCCCUAAAUGCAGCAAUGACACGGCUAAAGUGUGUCAUUGCAGGACCAAAGAGCAGGAAUUGUCUGCUGUUGCAUCUUCACUCAUGAGACAGGUAAUAGCGGAGCUCCGUGGUGCUGAAAAGGACAGCGCCCCUGGCCAUUUGCCAAAGCCUAUUUCCCGUUGGAGGGAUUCUUGACAUGCUAUAGGCACAGUUCAGUACACCCCUCACCAACCGAUUCUCGGGGUGCAUUGGUGUAAAAUGUGAUCGUCGAGAUACAGUUGUAUAGGCUACACCAGUAGGGGAGCUUACAGAUAAAGAGUGCAUUAGGCUAGAGAGAAAAGUAGCAUUCCGUUGUUCAUAAAGUAGGUGAAUGUAACUUACCCUCUUUUGAUACUUGAGAAACAUACAUUCACAUGAUGUCCAAAUCUGCAAGAGACAAACCAGCAGAAAAUCAGCAGGUGAACAAAAGGGUUAAAUGAAUAUGAUUUAAGAGCAGUGAAAUGAAGUAAUAGUGACAUAGAUUGUAAGAAAUGAAAUCUACCAUGUGAACAUUACAUUGUGGCUUUAGAAGAGCAUGUAUUUGUAGAUGAAUGACAGAUUAGGUUUUGUGACAAAGUAACUGUAUAAUUUGAGAUACUCUCCAUGAGCAUGUGUUUGCCUAUUUGAUGAUCUGUUGUAAAUAUUGUUUGAUUUUGACCACAUACUUGUUGUGACAAUUGCAUCAGGUUGAGGGAGAAAUGCUCUGUGUGGCCAUUGUGAGUGGCACUUCUGAUCCAGCAGGUGGUGUUAAGAUCCCUCCCUAUGUGGCUUGAAUGAUGAGCCAGUGUUGGCAAAAUGACUUGUGGUCCAGCGGGUGGCGGUGAAAUGCCUCCCUAUCUAUAAUAUGUCUUGACCUAUUCCUUUGACAUUGUUCACUUGAUUGGAGAUGAUUCCGGUGUUCUUCGUGUCCUCUUCAUGAGCACUUCUGCACGUCUUCCUUCCUGUCUUGCCAUGUGGGUUCCACGGAGGUGUGUGUUUUUGUUAGAUAUCACUGGGCACAUUCCUAACGUGGAGGUCGUUUGCAUAGCUCAUGUCAUGUGGAUAUAUAAAGUAUUGUAUUGUAAGGUAUGUUAGUCUACGGACGGUCUGACAUUGAUCGUCAAUAUAUUGAUGUAUUCCAAUUCCAUUUGGGUGUAUUGUGUGGAAUGUUGGAACAUGGUUAUAUCUUACUUGUUAGACUUGACUGUGCUGUUGGAGCUGGUAACACAAGCAUUUCCCGACAUCUGCUAAACAGGGUUAUGUAUAUCUCUCUAGUCACCCCCAAAAGCAAAUCUUUCUUUGGCCGUCUCUCCUUCCAGUUGUCUGCUGCCAAUGACUGGAAGGAACUACAAAAAUCUCUGAAACUGGAAACACUUAUCUCCCUCACUAGCUUUAAGCAGCAACUGUCAGAGCAGCUCACAGAUUACUGCACCUGUACAUAGGCCACCUAUAAUUUAGGCCAAACAACUACCUCUUUCCCUACUGUAUUUAAAUAAUUAAUUUAUUUUGCUCCCUUGCACCCCAUUAUUUGUAUUUGUACUUUGCACAUUUCUUCCAUUGCAAAUGUACCAUUCCAGUGUUUUACUUGCUAUAUUGUAUUUACUUUGCCACCAUGGCCUUUUUUUUGCCUUUACCUCCCCUAUCUCACCUCAUUUGCUCACAUCGUAUAUAGACUUGUUUAUACUGUAUUAUUGACUGUAUGUUUGUUUUACUCCAUGUGUAAGUCUGUGUCGUCGUAUGUGUCGAACUGCUUUGCUUUAUCUUUGCCAGGUCGCAAUUGUAAAUGAGAACUUGUUCUCAACUUGCCUACCUGGUUAAAUAAAGGUGAAAUUAAAAAUGAAUAAAAAAUGUGCCUAUUUGAUUAGGACUUUUCCUCUAA